GCAGAUUGAUCCCGGAUGUGACGUCAGCUGUGGACGGGCCCGUUGUGUGCUAGCUGCUCGCAAGGCCAUCAAAGAUGACUACAGCUGCAAGGCCAACGUUUGAGCCGGCAAGAGGAGGAAGGGGUAAAGGAGAAGGUGAUCUGAGUGCCCUCUCCAAGCAGUACUCCAGUCGAGAUCUUCCAGGUCACACAAAGAUCAAGUACAGGCAGCCUACCCAGGAUGCCCCCGAGGAGGUGCGUGCCCGUGACUUCCGCAGGGAGUUGGAGGAAAGGGAGCGUGUGGCGGCACGUGACAAGACCAGAGAGAGAGGACCAAGAGAGCACACCACAUCAUCAUCAUCAUCUUCAUCAUCAUCUUCAAAAAGACCCAGACUGGAUCAGAUCCCAGCAGCCAACCUUGAUGCUGAUGACCCUCUCACUGAUGAUGAUGAGGACGAGGACUCGGAAGAGGACAGCGAUGACGACGACACUGCGGCUCUUCUGGCAGAACUGGAGAAGAUCAAGAAAGAGCGAGCUGAAGAGCAAGAACGCAAGGAGCGCGAGCAAAAGGCAGAGGAGGAGCGAAUUCGAAUGGAAAACAUCUUAAGUGGCAAUCCACUGAUUAAUUUGGCUGGACAGCAGCAACAGAUGGCCCAGACUCAGACUACAUUCAGGGUCAAAAGAAGGUGGGAUGAUGAUGUUGUGUUCAAGAACUGCGCCAAAGGCGUAGAUGAGGCGCGGAAGGAGAAGCGAUUCGUCAACGACACACUACGCUCAGAGUUCCACAAGAAAUUUAUGGAGAAAUAUGUAAAAUAAAUGGCUUCAUUAUCAUUUUAUAGGUUGUUUUUUUUUUUUUUUUAUCCGAUGCUUUUGGCUUCCAGGCUUUUCCCUCUGUCCCUUUCAGUGUUGUACAUACAAGUUUGGUGAAUUGCAUUCUUUGAGUAAAGGCUGUCAAAAAUGAAUGGCAAUAUUCAAUUGUUCAACAUUUCUUUUUGUUUUUCAAUAAACUGAAUUGCUUCACAUGAACUCCCCUUAUUCAUGCAUAAAUUGAUUUUUAUAUGAACAGAUUAUUCCGGCCAAAUAAUCUGGAUUUAAGUGAGCAUUACAAUAUAAUUCAACUUUAUUCAGAAUGAAGCUUUAUUCAUGUCUCGAAAUAAGAAAUGAAAAUUGUUAUCUAUCUGAUUCAGAGUCUUGGUUAAUCCACUGCCAUAGAUAGCUGUUUCUGUGUAUUGGAGAGCUUUUCUUUUCCUGGUAGCAGAACCUGUGACUGAGUAAUCCAGAGGUCCUGAAAGUAUGGUAGGAUGUGCCUCCUGUCAGCCUCACAGCCUAACUGUUGAAAUCCUUGUUUUCUUUAUUCCAUCUCAUGAUUGCGUUUCGU